AUGCAGGCAAUCAUACAGGUGCUUGAACAAAAGAAAAUACAGAAACAUACGUCCGAAAUAAGUUUAGCAGCAUUCUUUCUUGUUUCUAAAAAUAACUCAACACCAUGCUCUGUAAUAUUAUUCGGUAAUACAUUCUUUAAAAAUGCCGGUGCACCACUAUCUGUAUUUGAAGUUGCCGGUAACAUCAGUCGCAUUUAUUGUCAAAACUUAUGUCUAUUAGCCAAAUUAUUUCUUGAUCAUAAAACAUUAUAUUAUGAUGUUGAACCAUUUUUAUUUUAUGUAUUAACACGUAAUGAUCAAAAUGGAUGUCAUUUUAUUGGUUAUUUUUCAAAAGAAAAACAUUGUCCACAAAAAUAUAAUCUUUCGUGUAUUAUGGUAUUACCUAAUUGUCAACGAAAAGGUUAUGGACGUUUUUUAAUUGAAUUAAGUUAUUUAUUAUCUCGAAAAGAAUGGCAAGUGGGCACACCAGAAAAACCAUUAUCCGAUUUAGGUCGAAAAACAUAUGAAACAUAUUGGGGAUUUAAGAUAAUUAAACAACUUUUAAGUUGUUAA